AUGUCUACUACAGUUCUCAUUACGGGUGUCACUGGCUUUAUUGCCUGCCAUGUGCUCGAAGCAGCACUUGCAUCUCCAGAAAAUUACCGCGUGCGUGGAACUUUGCGAUCCAUGUCGAAAAAAGAUGAAUUGCUGGCACGCCUUUUGCCGGAAGACCGAGAACGCGUGGAGCUUGUCGAGGUCGCCGAUACAGCCUCCUCUGAUCUAUCAGAAGCAGUACGUGGCGUGAGCUACAUCUUCCAUGUAGCUUCGCCGUUCAAGACAAAAGUUGAGGAUACGGAAAGAGACCUCCUCAAACCGGCUAUCGACGGUACACUGAACCUGCUCAGGUAUGCGAACAAGGAACCUAGUGUCGAAAAAGUCGUGAUUACCAGCUCAUUCGCAGCUAAUAUUGAUCUUCAUGCUGGCGGCCUCAGUCGCCCUGGGUAUAUAUACACCAGCAAAGACUGGAACCCGGGUACAUACGAGCAAGCCAAAAAUGCCCAAGGGCCUAAUGCUGGCAUGUUUGCAUACUGUGUCUCCAAGGUUUUGGCUGAACGGGCAGCUUGGGAAUUCUUGGAAAAGGAGAAGCCCUCCUUCACGCUGGCCACGAUCAACCCGCCGAUGGUCUAUGGCCCAACCAUUCAACCAGGUAUUCACCGCAAAACCCUAAACGAAUCGAGUGCAUUGCUCUACAACCUAAUUAAUGGUAGCGAUGCCGUGCCUCAGAACAUACUCCCUGCUUUCUGUCAUGUGAAGGAUGUGGCUACGGCCCAUGUGCGUGCGGCGGAGUUGCCAGACGCGAUGGGUCGCCGCUACUUACUAUGUGGUGGCAUGCUCAGCGCUAACCAUGCUGUAAAAUUCAUUGCAGAGCACUACCCUCUUUUGCAGUCGAAGCUCCCUAAGGGCUGGCAGGAAGCCGCGCAGCAAUUGCCAGAUCUCAGCAAUGUCGCUCAACUGGAUACUUCUGACGCCAAAAAAUACUUGGAGAUGGAGUUCCGCGACUGGGAAACGACCCUGAAGGACUGCGUAGACGAUCUGCAACGGCUUGAGCAGCGCAUAUGGGCCAUGCGGGUUGGCGUGCUGGUUGCGCUGGUGGUGAGUGCACUCAGUGCCGUAGUGUACGGCGCUUCUGAGCGAAGCAUUGCACAGGCACAUACGGAUGCACACCUCCCAUACGCGGUCUUGCCUCCCGAGCCCUUGGCGGUACAUGAUCUCGAGCUCUCUAAUGUGCUACUUGUCACAUCGAUUGACGGCGCACUCCAUGGACUUGAUCGUACUUCAGGGCGUGAAUUAUGGUCUUUGGCAUCGUCAACAAAGUAUAACGAGUUUGAGCCACUUGUUUCUUCCACAUAUGACUCUCGCACGGUCGAACAACUAGCCCGUGAUGCCAUGACAUACAGCGACCCGACAUUAAUUCAGGCACUGCAAGGAACGGGAAUUUAUAUUGUGGAACCAUCAUCAGGAGGUGAUUUGUAUCUGCUGCGGAUUCCCUCUGGUGCUCCGCAUCCACAGCUCGAGAAGCUUCCAUUCUCGUUGCCGGACUUGGUGACCUUGAGCCCUUUUUCCUUAAGCUCGGACGAUACCCGCAUUUUCGUGGCUGAAAAACGAACAUCACUAGUUGAGUUGAAUGUAUUCACUGGGAAUAUCCGCGCUUUAUACAGCAGCGGCGAAAGUGCUACUAUGCCGGCCGAAGCGCGGACGCCCCCCUCCUAUUCCUCGGCAGACCACAGCUACGAGGGCGAUCUGCCGGAUGACGGGGCUCUAGAGUCGCCUUGGGUCUACAUUGGGCGCACAGAAUAUACGCUGCGUGUACACGUGCGGGACCAGCCACAUUCCAUGCAAACGCUGCACUUCCGUGCCUAUACACCGAACAGGGCUGACCAAGAUGUGGUUGUCCUGUGGCAGCAGACGCUACAGCCAGCAGACCACCGUGCAAUUCUAACAUCACCCCAGAACUCGACCCUAGUGUGCUUUGACCUGCGUCUUGCUCGUAAUCCUUCCAGGUUCACUUCGCAGCCCAUCCCUCCGGUUCUCUGGUCUUCAACACUGGCAUCAGAAGCUAUUGACGUUUUUGAUGUCGUAUUCGCGCCCCCGCCUAUAUCCUCACUGGAUGCGCCACUUCUGCGACCUGUUAUUGUGCCUCACUCGGCUGGUAUACUUCCCGCUAUCCUGGAUCGCCAAUCGCAGCCGCAACGAUCGGACAGCCUCGCAGGUGCCUUCCUGGGCGUAUCGCCCCAGGGAAGCCUUUUUGCCAUGGGCAGCGGCCGUUAUCCUCUCGUGGAAUUCGCUGAGUCCGCUGCCGUGCUCCAUCCGAACAAGCCUUUGUCUGAAUUGCCCCUUUCAAGCCCUGCAGCAGGGCUGCUUCGCCCUUGGAUUGGCGGGUAUCAGGUGCCUCAGGUGACUGUUGCCAACCACAUCCCACGACUCGGUGGCCCUGUCGCUGUGCCACUGCUUGCAGCACCACCUGAGCCGGUUCGUUCGAUGCGACUUUCAAAACGACUUCUUGCACAAUUAUUCGCCCUUCUGGCCCUUGUGUUAAUCAUGUUGCGCGGCGCCUAUCUAAUUUGGCGUGACUCUCGGCCCGUGCUUAUGUCUACAGCGUCUUUGACAUUUGACGACUCCAAAGCACUCGGAGCCAAGCCUGAUUCCGCUGAAGUCAAGACAGCCGUAUCGAAACCGGAUGAUACUCAGGACACUCACCUACCUGCUGAGGACGCAGGGCCCCGUGCCACCGAGACUAUUGAUGAAACUCUUAGCUCCGCAGCGGACUUGGCAAGUGCAGACAAUGAUCUCAAAAAAAAGCGCCGACGUCGUGGCAAGCGGGCUGGUGCGGCUGUGUCUGCACGACAGACCCGGCGCGAAGGCUCACAGGAAGCUGCUCAGGAUGUCUCUACAAAUAUCAAACCCAGUAACUCAAGUACUUUCAAUACUUCGGAGACUAAACCCGAAUCUGAUGCGACAUCCUCAAGUAUCGAAGCAGCCGCCUCAGGGACUCUGAAGGCUCCUGGGUCCGUUUCAGGAUCUAGUCAGCCAAAAUCACUGCAGAUCUCUGAACAAGUACUGGGGUAUGGCUCCUCUGGCACUGUCGUGUUCCGCGGUACUUUCCAGGGCCGUGCGGUCGCCGUCAAGCGUUUGCUACGCGACUUUGUGGAAAUGGCUUCGAAGGAAGUGUCUCUACUCCAGUCGGCUGACAAUCAUCCAAAUGUAAUCCGCUACUUUUGCCAGGAGCUAACACCCAACUUCCUGUAUAUUGCGUUGGAGCAAUGCCCUGCUAGUCUGGCGGAUUUGGUGGAACGACCACUUGAGCAUGAUGAGCUGGCCUCUUUGUUGGAGCCCCGUGAAGCUCUGCGACAGAUUACAGCAGGUCUACAGCACCUGCACUCUCUUUCGAUUGUGCACCGGGACAUCAAACCUCAAAAUAUUCUCGUGACGCUGACGUCGACACAACGUCUGCGCUUCCUACUCUCUGACUUUGGUCUAUCAAAGCGUAUCGACAACAUGGUAAACAGUACUGUAAGUCAGUCUAUUCAAGCAGGCGGUACUGUUGGAUGGCGUGCGCCCGAGCUGCUACAGGCACAGACACUGUCUCAGAAGGGUCUCGGCUCGCGACUGACCCGGGCUGUCGAUAUUUUCUCGUUGGGUUGUGUUGCUUUCUACCUAUUUACGCGUGGCGAUCAUCCUUUUGGCGAGCAGUACGAGCGGGAGAUCCGUAUCCUGCAGCAUCAAGCGGACCUGUCCGCCCUGGAAAAAUUCAGCGACGAUACCAUUGAGGCACAAUCGCUGAUUGAAAACAUGAUUCAGGAACGGCCGAACCUGCGACCGACGGCGGUGGAGGUCAUGCGGCAUCCAUUCUUUUGGAGUGCUCAGCAGCGCCUCACCUUUUUACAGGAUGUCAGUGACCGCUUUGAAAUGCUAGAGCGUGACCCACCGGCCAUGGCGAUUGAACUUUUGGAACGUGAUGCUGUCGCCAUUGUCGGCACAGACUGGCGGAAACGUUUUGACCGGGGCUUUCUGGACGACUUGGGCAAGUUUCGCAGCUACAACCCGGCGAGUGUACAGGACCUACUCCGUGUGAUCCGCAACAAAAAGCAUCAUUUUAAUGACAUGCCCGUGGCUUUGAAAAAGUCGCUUAGUCCUAUGCCCGAAGGUUUUCUCAUGUAUUUUACUCGGCGAUUCCCCCACUUGUUCUUACAUGUGUACCAAGUACUCAUGAACCUCCCGCUACUUCGGAGCGAGCCGACUUUCCGCCACUACUAUGAAGCUGAUGUCAUGUCAUUCCACUAA